AUGUUCAAGAUGCCAUUACACGAUGUAUAUUUAUAUAACAGGAAUAAGUAUGGUAAAAUAUAUGGAACAAAGCUGGGCUCACGACCGUUGCUGUAUGUGUCGGACCCGAUGCUCAUCAAUACAAUGAAUACCAGAGAUUUUCAUGUAUUUUCCGAUCGUUCUGAUAUGAAAUCCGGGGAUCCGUUGAACGACCGGUCGUUGUUUAAUCUGAUGGGAAAUGAGUGGAAAGCUAUGCGAUCUGUGAUAAGUCCGACAUUUUCAUCGGGAAAGAUGCGAUCAAUGCAUCCAAUUAUCAUCGAUUGUGUCCAUCGAUUGGACCAAUACUUGGAGACAAAGGCUAUAAAUGGGGAUGAAUUGGAUGUGAAGCGAGCGAUGGGUAACCUAACUAUGGAUGUGAUCGCUUCGUGUGCUUUUGGCACUCAAAUAGACACUCAUAACGACCACAAAACCCACGAGUUUGUCAAAAACGCUCAGCAGGUGUUUGCGAGCACAUGGAGACUAUGGUUGAGUACAUUAUCCCUUUAUAUAAUACCAAAGGUUAUCAGAGAGCGAAUCGGUUUCUCAAAUAUCGCUCCGUCUGUCAGAAAUUUUUUUCAAUCAGCGAUUAAGACAAUUAUAGCCAGACGUAUGUCUGAAUCCAAUCCGCAUAAACAUAAGGAUUAUCUGCAGCUUAUGCUAAACGCCCAGAAUAAAUGUGCGGACCAUACGGACAAUAAUGACAUCAAUGAUGUUAAUCAACAACUCUUUGGCGAAACGGAUCUAAAGGACAAUACCUUAAGAAACAAAAAACAAAUAAACUUCGAGAUAACAGACAUCGAUGUUUUGGCCUCGAGUUUACUGUUUCUUUUGGCCGGAUAUGAGACAACGGCAUCGCUUUUAUCACAUCUAUUGUACUCGUUGUCCGUCAAUGAGAAGUGUCAGCAAAGACUAUACGAAGAGAUCAAUGCCUUCGACGGCAACUAUAGCUACGAAUCAAUCGCUCGAAUGCCGUAUUUGGAGGCCUGUAUUGCAGAGACGCUCAGACUUUAUAAUCCGCUCUCAAUUAUACUUAAAAUAGCGAAUGAAGAUUAUAAACUUGGCGAUACCGAUAUAACAAUUCCGAAGGGAGGGUUUGUGGCGUUUGACAUCCAGUCCUUACAUCACAGCCCCGAGUAUUACCCGAAUCCCGAGGUUUGGGAUCCCGAGAGGUUUUUACCCGAAAAUCGUUCCCAAUUAGUGCCCUAUACUUAUAUGCCGUUCGGAACGGGACCCCGAAAUUGUGUGGGAAUGAGUGAGGCAGGCGAGCCGACUAUCAGGGCUGGUCUGGGAAUGCCGUGCGUUGAGAACAAAAACUGUGUGUCGGAAAAAUGUAUGGGUCGGGGCAUUGGGCCCGAUAAACUACCUGGCUACUGUGUCGACCCGAAAACCACCUGGCGAUACGUAUAUAUUAUGAAAAAAGAUAAUUAUUGGACUAAACAGGGCGUACCGAUCGUAGGGUGGGAUAGCUUUUGGCAAAUGUUCAAAAUGCCAUUAGGAGACUUAAAUCUAUACAACCGGAACAAACAUGGUAAAAUAUAUGGAUCGUCAGUUGGUUCGCGACAUUUCCUGACUGUGUCGGACCCGGUGCUCAUCAAUACUAUGAAUACCACAAACUUUCACGUAUUUGUUGAGAGAAUGGAUGUAAAAACUGGGGAUCCGUUGAACGACCGGUCGCUGAUUAAUCUGAUGGGAGACGAGUGGAAAGCCAUGCGAUCUGUGAUAAGUCCGACAUUUUCGUCGGCAAAGAUGCGAUCAAUGCAUCCAAUUAUCAUCGAUUGUGUCCAUCGAUUGGACCAAUACUUGGAGACAAAGGCUAUAAAUGGGGAUGAAUUGGAUGUGAAGCGAGCGAUGGGUAACCUAACUAUGGAUGUGAUCGCUUCGUGUGCUUUUGGCACUCAAAUAGACACUCAUAACGACCACAAAACCCACGAGUUUAUGGCCAACGCUCGGAAAGCGCUUGAGAGCACAUGGAGGGCGUGGGCGUCGGCACUAAUGCUUUUUCUAUUGCCUAACCGUAUCAGAGAAUGGAUCGGCUUCUCAGCGCUCUCUCCGUCUGUUAACAACUACUUUCAAUCAGCGAUUAAGUCAAUUAUAGCCAGACGUAUGUCUGAACCCAAUGCCUCUAAACACAAGGAUUUUCUACAACUUAUGCUUAACGCCCAGAAUAAGUGUGCGGACAAUACGGACGACAAAGACAUUAGUGAUGAUAAUCAACAUCUCUUUGGCAAAACCGAUUCCACGGCCACUGAAUUACAUCAAAAACAGGUUAAACUUGUGAUAACAGACAUCGAUGUUUUGGCCACAAGUUUAUUGUUUAUCUUCGCCGGAUAUGAGACAACUGCCUCCUUAUUGUCACAUCUGUUGUACUCGUUGUCCGUCAAUGAGAAGUGUCAGCAAAGACUAUACGAAGAGAUUAAGGCUUUUGACGGCAACUAUAGCUACGAAUCAAUCGCUCGAAUGCCGUAUUUGGAGGCCUGUAUUGCAGAGACGCUCAGACUUUAUAAUCCAGUUUUCGCAACCUCUCUCCAUCACAGCCCCGAGUAUUACCCGAAUCCCGAAGUUUGGGAUCCCGAGAGGUUUAUGCCCUCAAAUCGUGAUCGAUUAGUGCCCUAUACUUACCUACCGUUCGGAACGGGACCCCGAAAUUGUGUGGGAAUGAGGUUUGCGUUAAUGGAGGCCAAGACUGCUGUCGCGCAUCUCAUCACUAAAUACCGAUUCAAAAGUACGGCUAAUACAGCGGUUCCGCUGAAGUUCAAGUUAUGUCAACCACUUUUAACCGCAGAAAAUGGCGUACCCAUCCCUGGCCUGGAUACAUUUGUGCAAAUGUUCAAGAUGCCAUUGGGGGAUUUAAAUUUGUAUAACAGAAACAAGCAUGGUAAAUUUUAUGGGUCAUUUCUAGGUGGUCGCAAAUUACUGUAUGUGUCGGACCCGGUGCUCAUCAAUACAAUGAAUACCACAGACUUUCACGUAUUCUCCAAUCGCUUAGAUAUUAAAUCCGGGGAUCCGUUGACAGACCGGUCGUUACCUAAUCUGUUGGGAAAUGAGUGGAAAGCUAUGCGAUCUGUGAUAAGUCCAACAUUUUCAUCGGGAAAGAUGCGAUCAAUGCAUCCAAUUAUCAUUGAUUGUGUCCAUCGAUUGGACCAAUACUUGGAGACAAAGGCUAUAAAUGGGGAUGAAUUGGAUGUGAAGCGAGCGAUGGGUAACCUAACUAUGGAUGUGAUCGCUUCGUGUGCUUUUGGCACUCAAAUAGACACUUAUAAUGACAACAAAACCAACGAGUUUAUAGUAAAUGCCCGGGAAGUAUUUGCGAGCACAUGGAGGGCAUAUGUGAUGGCGUUAAUGAUGUUUCUACUGCCCGACCGUAUCAGAGAGUGGAUCGGCUUUUCAACGAUCUCUCCGUCUGUUAACCACUUUUUCCGAUCAGCCAUUAAGUCAAUUAUAGCCAGACGUAUGUCUGAAUCCAACCCAACUAAACACAGGGAUUAUCUGCAGCUUAUGAUUAACGCCCAGAAUAAGUGUGCGGACAAUACGGACGACAAUGACAUCAAUGAUGUUAAUCAACAACUCUUUGGCGAAACGGAUUUGACAGACACUCCUCUAAGACAUGAGAAGAAGACAAACCCAGACGUGAAGGACAUCGAUAUGUUGGCCUCCAGUUUCGUAUUUUUUGUGGCCGGAUAUGAGACAACCGCCAGUUUAUUGUCGUUUUUGUUGUACUCGUUGUCCGUCAAUGAGAAGUGUCAGCAAAGACUAUACGAAGAGAUCAAUGCCUUCGACGGCAACUAUAGCUACGAAUCAAUCGCUCGAAUGCCGUAUUUGGAGGCCUGUAUUGCAGAGACGCUCAGACUUUAUAAUCCACUCAUCGCCACCGUUAGAGUUGCUAAUGAAGAUUAUAAACUUGGCGAUACCGGUAUAACAAUUCCGAAGGGAGGGUUUGUUACGUUUGACAUCCAGUCCCUCCAUCACAGCCCCGAGUAUUACCCGAAUCCCGAUGUUUGGGAUCCCGAGAGGUUUUUACCCGAAAAUCGUUCACAAUUAGUGCCCUAUACUUAUAUGCCGUUCGGAACGGGACCCCGAAAUUGUGUGGGAAUGAGGUUUGCAUUAAUGGAGGCCAAGACUGCUGUCGCACAUCUCAUCUGCAAAUACCGUUUUAAACGCACCGACAAUACAGCGGUUCCGCUGAAGUUCUUGAAGUUCAAACCCAUGUUAACCGCUGAAAACAUCACAAUUGGUCUGGAAUUGCGAUAA